UUUAUUAAUCAUGUGGAAAAAGGGAAAAUCAGAUGGAGCCUCAGGUGUGAGAUCUCUAAUGAAAGAAGCAAGAAGAGAUCUUAAGAUGCAAGGGAUCGAUAUGGUGUUCGAUCAAGAUGGAAAUGGCAAGAAUGAACCUCUGCUGUUUGAGCAGAUCGAGCUGAAGGAGGAUCUAACUGAGCAAGAACAAGCAUUGGUAGAGACUAAUCUUAGAGUAAGGGACACUAUUCAUGCUUCCGUGGAUUACAUUCUCUUCUCUAAGCCAUUGAAACAGACUAAUAGUACUCCUGGAUGAACUGGAAUUGAAUCAGAUGAAUUGAAAAUGUUGUGUAAAACUUAUAUCCAAACUAUUAAGCAUGUUCCUUCUGAAUUGUGUGAUCAAAAUACAACAGCCAAAGGAAAAUCUGGAAAGUCUGCCCCAAGUCUUGAUCAUAGUACUGCCUAUAGAGCUCAAAAUAAAAGAAAGAGAAAAGCUGAAGAAGAAGCUUUCAAAGAUGCUUCAUCCAAGUCUAAAAGACAGAAGAAUACUGAGUCGAACUCAAAAUUACUGGAAGAAGACGGAUUUGUUGAGAAUUUAGUCUAAUCUGCUAAUCUAGCCAACAAACAUUGGGAACUUAUUCCAUCACAGCAAGAAGUGGACAAACAAUUUC